UCCGGUAACGAAGGCGGCAACCAAGAUGGCGGACUUGGCAGCUGUGGCUUCCUGGACAAGAUUCAAGCUUACGAUUUAAAGGCAAAUUUAGCAACAUAUCCCUCAAAAUAAUCGUCGUUUUUUAAAGCCCACGAAACGGAAGUUAGUUUGUAGCGAUGGAGUUUUGUCUGACGUGAAGAUUGAAGAUGUGAUAGAAGAUGGACGACUACUGCUAUGCUAAGAUGGCGACGUCCGCUAAAAGAGAACAUGAAAGAGAAUCAACUUCCAGCAAAUCACCAACGGAGAUAAAGACGAAAACUGCAGAUGAAGACGUCCAGCAGCUGAUUGGUCUUCCAGAGGAAUUUCCCCUUCAGACACUCAGAAAGAGCUCCACUUUGAAGCAGGAGACUCCACAACCACCCCACAUUAAAAAGGAAGAGGAGGAACUCUGGAUCACUCAGGAGGGAGAGUGUCUUCUAGGACCGCAGGAAGAUGAUUUCACCAAGUUAUCACCGACUGUUGUCUCUGUGAAGACUGAAGAUGAUGAAGAGAAACCACAAGAAGACAACCUCUUAGCUCCACUAUCAGAUAGUGAGGCUGAAGUCGAAGUCGAAGUAACUUUGAGCAGCGAUACAGACUGUGAAGGUGAUAUGAGGACUCACACUGACAAACAGUCUGAAUGUUCUAAAAAGAAAAGCGGUAAAACCUGUUUAGGCAGCUCAGUUUGUGCUAAAAGCUUUACUAAAAAGAGCCAUUUGACUCAACACAUGAGAACACACACAAAAGAAAAAACAUUUAAUUGUUAUGUUUGUGAUAAAAGCUUUUCUCAUAAGAGCAUUUUGACUGAACACAUGAGAACACACACAGGAGAAAAACCAUUCAAUUGUUCAUUUUGCGGUAAAAGCUUUUCCCAAAAGAGUAAUUCAAUUCGACACAUGAGAACACACACAGGAGAAAAACCAUUUAAUUGUUCAGUUUGUGGUAAAAGCUAUUCUGAUAAGAGCAAUUUGAGUCAACACAUAAGAACACACACAGCAGCUAAACCGUUUUAUUGUUCAGUUUGUGGUAAAAGCUUUUCUCAUGAGAGAAAUUUGAUUCAACACAUGAGAACGCACACACAAGAAAAACCAUUUAAUUGUUCAGUUUGCGAUAAAGGCUUCCCUUAUGAGAGAAAUUUGAUUCAACACAUGAGAACACACACUGGAGAGAAGCCAUUUAAUUGUUCAGUUUGUGGCAAAAGGUACGUUUCCAGGCAUGGGUUGAAUGAACAUAUAAUGAAACAUACUAGAGAAAACCCAUUUAGUUGUUCGGGUUGCGGUAAAAUAUUCCACAGUCAUGCAAAUGCAGUGAGACACAUAAGAACACACAAGGGACAAUAACUGUUUGGUUUGUGGUAUGUUGUUUAUAUGUGGCGACAUCCAUCCAAACCCAGGACCUCCUUAAAAUAUGAUCACUGCUUCUUUCAUUAUUAUCCAAGGUAUUCGUAUAAAAUGGGACUAUUUGGAGCAUAAUCUUAUCUCCUCAUGACCCCAUGUCUUCUGUUUAUCUGAAACUUUCCUGAACAGCAUGAUAGAUGAUGCUUGUAGUGCUUGGUUACUCCUCCUUUAGACGAGACAGACCUGAUGAGUCUAGCUGGGGAGGAAUUGUAGUCUUCUUCAGUGAUGCUUUUACCGCCUGGCUUUAAACACCAACAACAUGAAUCGAUCUGCCUGAAACUACACCUUCCAGGUCGCCUGGUGUUCAUGUUUUGUGUCUACAGAACAACAUCAGUUGAUGUACAAAUAAUCUCCCCAAGUUGCAGCCCAAAAAAAAAACCAACCAUGGAAUUCUGGCCCAGAAAUGUUGUUAUAAAAUUAUGUUCUCUCAACACUUCAAAGACAAAUGGCCCUGAUGAGAUCUCAGCAACUGUACAUAAAAUCGGUGUGCUGGAGCUUGCCCCAGUACUUGCCAAGCACUUCCAGAUUUCCCUGGACACAAACACAGUUCCAUCCUUCUGGAAAUCUGCCCAUAUGAUUGAUAGUGUACCUAUGAAGGGAAAAAACAAACUACUGAACUACAAGCUAAUAUCCCUGCUACCUAUUACAUCCAAAGCAUAAUAUGCGACCACAUUCACAAAAACCUCGACCAACAUACAAUUUAAUGUGAUAACAAGUAUGGACUCUGUGAGAAUUGAUCUACAAUUGACAUGUUUUCUUACAUCACCCAGUGGUGGAACAAUGUUCUCAAUUUGCAACAAGAAAUUUGAGUUUAUUGUCUUAGAUAUAAAGACAAAUUGUAUAAACAUAUUUAUUUUCCCUUUAUGAUGGACUAUAUUUGGAAGUCUGAAGUGAAUUUUACCAAAAUCCCUAUUGGAACCAUUUCCACGGACGGAAACAUUGCAAAUCGGCGACAUCUUUACUCCGUUUUAUUUUGACUUCUUGCUAGGAAUACGCUUGUCCGUCCACAAUAUGCUCGAGUCCUCAAGCAAAUGCACUAAAAUCUUUAAACCGAGUUUAAAGGGGAACAUUAUCACCAGACCUAUGUAAGCGUCAAUAUAUACCUUGAUGUUGCAGAAAAAAGACCAUAUAUUUUUUUAACCGAUUUCCUUACUCUAAAUGGGUGAAUUUUGGCGAAUUAAACGCCUUUCUAUUAUUCGCUCUCGGAGCGAUGACGUCACAACGUGGCGUCACAUCGGGAAGCAAUCCGCCAUUUUCUCAAACACCGAGUCAAAUCAGCUCUGUUA